GCUACUGCAAAGGCACGCCUACGCUAAAUAAAACCAUCGACUGUAAUCCUUCAUUACUAGAAUCGAAUGCUGGUGUUAUUUUUCUGACUGCUACUUAACGUUAGUAUUUGCAUUGUUCUAAUCAGAGAAUGGACAACUCUGGGAAAGAGAAGGAAGCGAUUCAGCUGAUGGCUGACGCUGACAAGAAAGUGAAAACGUCUGGCUCAUUCUUGGGAGGCAUGUUUGGUGGACCUCAUAAAGUUGAAGAGGCUUGCGAAAUGUACUGCAGAGCAGCCAACAUGUUCAAGAUGGCCAAGAACUGGAACGCUGCUGGUAAUGCCUUCUGCCAGGCGGCCCGGAUCCACAUGCAGCUCCAGAACAAACACGACUCGGCCACCAGCUUCAUCGAUGCAGGAAACGCUUUCAAAAAGGCAGACCCCAGCGAGGCGAUCAAGUGCUUAAACGCAGCUGUUGAUAUAUACACAGACAUGGGACGGUUCACCAUCGCAGCCAAACACCACAUCACCAUCGCAGAGAUCUACGAGUCAGAACUGGUGGAUAUAGAGAAGGCCAUCGCCCACUAUGAGCAGGCGGCAGACUACUACAAAGGAGAGGAGUCCAACAGUUCUGCAAACAAGUGUCUACUGAAGGUGGGGGCCUACGCCGCUCAGUUGGAACAGUACGCAAAGGCCAUCGAGAUCUACGAACAGGUUGGAUCCAGCACCAUGGAUAACCCCCUGCUGAAAUACAGCGCCAAAGAGUACUUCUUCAAAGCCUCUCUGUGUCACUUCAUCGUGGAUGAACUUAACGCCAAACUUGCUGUCGAGAAGUACGAAGAGAUGUUCCCAGCUUUCUCUGACUCAAGAGAGUGCAAGCUGUUGAAGAAYCUCCUGGAUGCUCAUGAGGAACAYAACUGUGAAGCUUUCACAGAAGCAAUUAAAGAGUUUGACUCCAUCUCUCGUCUGGACCAAUGGCAGACCACRAUGCUGCUGCGCAUCAAGAAGACCAUCCAAGGGGACGAGGGAGACCUGAAGUGAGACCACGCCAGGGGGAACACAGCACCGCGGGGCCCACACAUGGCAUGCCACCCCUCUCCACUACUUCACCCCUUACUCAUCCCAUAUUGUUUUUGUGCAAUGACUCAGUCCACGUUCUUACAUGCAGAAUGUCCAGUUAGUUAAAUCCGCUGCAAUGUCUCGGCCAGGGGUCUGACUUUUGGGGAUGGAUUUGAGGUUUUGGUCAGCUAAACAAUUUGUUUAAUUUAGUAAAUCUGUUCCCAAGUAUUCCCACAAAUUUAAAAAAGGGAUAUGCGAUCGUGUAUCAAUGUAAUGAAGGUGUGAAAUUAUUAUUUUCAAAUACAAUCUCUUUUUGGGCUUAGUUGUGGUAAUUUUGCAGUGUACAAAUUAUUAGAAUUAUGUUCUGGCACCGAAACCAUCCACUACUACAAAAAUGAUCCUGCGUCUGAAUCUAGUUGCCUACCCCUGGUGUAGGUCUUUAUAAAGACUAUGUAUACUCUGUUGAAUUCUAUUAUAAUAUCAGUGCUCUCUUAUCGCCAAACUCUAGUUAGGAUGUGGAUCCAGUCGCUCCUCUUUCUGGAGGAUAGAUCCGAUACGUUUCCUGUUUAGUGGUGAGUAAACUUCUGAGAAGGGCAGAGAGGCAUUCUAAUACUAAGGCAUUGAUCACUGACGUUAGUAUUGAGCGCACACACACACGGCAUGAUUUGUACAGCUGUAAUUCAUUAUUCUAUUAGGUUCAACAGAUGUGACCUUUCAUCUAGAAAUGAGUAUUUUAAAUAUAUAUUUCCAUUGUCUUUGCUUGGCUUCCAACUGAAAAGUCUUAAAGGGAAAUGUCCAUUACUUAUAUCAUAAAUGGUUCUUGUAAACAAAGGUAUUCCAGCCUGAGAUGACACAAUGAAUUGUUUCAUAUUUAAAAAAAAAUCUUAUUCUUGAAAUGGACAAUUGAUACAAAUACAAUUUAUUUACAAUCAAGACAUGGCCAGAAAGUAUAUUUUGCUUAGUUAGCAUUUUUUCCAUAUUUCUUAGGCAGAUUGUGUAAUAAUACAGAAUAUGUGAGGCGACUUCCUAAUUCUGCUUGUAAAUGAUUUUUUUUAACGCAGAGCUAAGAAUAUCCCUUGCCCUCUUGUAAGAGCAGUUUCAUUUCUGAACUCCAGCUUGUUCUUCCAUUGUCACUCAUGUUGAUGUAYUAUGUGUUGUGAAGUUGUAACCAUGUUGGUGUAUGCUAGUGCAUCCUCUUGCUGGCCACUAGCAGAGCUGCAUUUCUUUGUGUGUAUAGGUAAUAGUGUUGUGCAACAUUUCCUAGUAGUGAACUGCGGCAAGGUUUCUACUGAGUGCCCCACAACGUAGGGGGCAGUCAGCCUGCAUAUCAAGCUUCUUUCAGAUGGAAUGGUGCUAUUUUCUGUUUUAUUUGGUCUGUGUCUGAAAAUGAACUAAAUAAAAUCAUUAUCAUUC